UUGAAUGUUAUGUAAAGGAGGCAGAACGAGAGGGAGAAGAGGUGAGAACCUGCGCGGUUGCCAAUGGCAACGGUGUUUUGGAGGCUGAUCAUAAAGCAAGCGCAGUCUGCGUCGCAGCAAAGCAUUGUGGGCAAUCCGGACGCCUUACGCAACGCUUGACGAAGAGCUGAGGUGCAUUUGGAAAUAUAGAAACAUUAACGUUGGUUCUUCAUGAUGCUAGAUUUUAAAUGCUACGGAUUAAAACGACACUUGUGCUUCCCCACCCGACAUCCCAAAAACUAACGCACAAAGAGCGGCUUCGAACCGGGUGAACGAUGUCGCAGGCUGCGGAAAGGCUCAGAUUGUUGACCGGACAUCUCGAUCGGGCCCCCGCCGUGGUCGCAACACGGACGUCGGCUCCAACCUCCGCCCUUCACCCCCAUAAGUUCAGAUACACGCUUGAUAAUGACCUGCUGAAGCCAGAAGAGCGGCUCUUCUAUGAGCAAAAUGGAUUCCUCCUCGUCAAGAAGCUUGUGGCCGACGAGGCCAUCGACUUGUUCAGGAAAGAGUUUGAGCGCAUUUGCAAGCGGGAAGUCCGCAUUCCCGGUCUGAUCGUCAUGAGAGACAUCACCAUCGCCAAAUCGGAGUUUGUUCCCGAUCAGAAAGCCAUCACGAAAAUCCAAGACUUCCAGGAUGAUCCCGAACUUUUCCGCUACUGCUCCUUACCGCAGAUCCUAAAGUAUGUGGAGUGCUUCACCGGACCGAACAUCAUGGCCAUGCACACCAUGCUCAUCAACAAGCCUCCCGAUGCGGGCAAAAAAACAUCCCGCCACCCGAUGCACCAGGAUCUGCAUUACUUCCCGUUCCGCCCGGCUGACCGCAUCGUCUGCGCCUGGACGGCUUUAGAGCGGGUGAACAGGCAGAACGGGUGCCUGGUGGUCCUGCCGGGAACGCACACGGGAACGCUCAAGGAGCACGACUACCCAGAGUGGGAGGGCGGCGUGAACAAGAUGUACCACGGGGUGCGCGACUACGACCCACAACAGCCCAGGGUGCACCUGGAGAUGGAAAAGGGGGACACUGUUUUUUUCCACCCGUUGCUUAUUCACGGUUCCGGAAUGAAUAAGACGCAAGGGUUCCGUAAGGCUAUUUCUUGCCACUACGCCAGUUCCGACUGCAAUUACAUCGACGUGAAGGGAACCACGCAGGAAAACAUCGAGAACGAGGUGAAGGAGAUCGCCUCCAAGAAGCUCCCCGAGGCCGUCGGUAUCACCUUCCAGGACAUGUGGGCCUUCCGAGGGCGCCUGGUGAAGGGAGAGAAACGCAUCCUUUAAGACGAAAGACGACUGGGGAAAAUUGUGAGAGUAUUCAGAAGCAAUCGGAUGUCUUCACUUCACUUUAACCCUUCCAUGCACCAAUAAUGGUAACCUGAUAACAUGAUUGGCUGUCCUCUGUAGCGACCGCUGUCCCAGAAAGGGUUAAUGGUUGAAGAUCAAAAGUCUUUUAUUUUCCUUGAGAUAAUUUAGACACCCUUAUAAUUUCAGGGCGCAGUGUGAAAUUAGCCUCGCCGUAGCGCAGAGAUGUACCGACACACUUUGGUUUUGUUUCUUUUAGCUGCCUUUCACAGCUCGUAAAAACAGUUACCGUAUUUUCCGUAUGAUAAGACGCUUCAGAGUAUAAGGCACACCCCUUCAACGAAUGGCCUCUUUUAAAACGGUUUUAACGUAUAGGGCGCACCGUAUUAUAAGACGCAUAGAAGAGAAGCCACAUUAGCGGCUGCAGUUGCAUUAUCCAUCCACUAGAUGGAGCUACACAAAAGGAAUACAAUACAAUACAGUUUUAUUUGUAUCGAGUUUUCACAACC